AUGUUGACCACAAAAGACCCUGAGAAACAAUCAUGUUUUCCUUCUGCAAAUAGCCAGCCCUCCUCCGACGCCAGCGAUGUUGGUUUAGAUACUUUAUCGAAUGGACACGCUGGGUCCCAAGCCUUACAUCGUAAGUUGCGAGGUAAAGAGGUGCAACUAUUUGCGAUCGGAGGCGCCAUCGGUACAUCUCUUUAUGUACAGAUGGGAGCUGCGCUUCCCAAAGGUGGACCUGCAGGUCUUUUCAUCGCUUUUCUUAUAUGGGGCUCCGUGAUGUGGGCAGUGAACGAGUGCUUUGCCGAAAUGGUGACCUAUCUUCCCGUGCCGUCCCCGUUUAUUCGAUUCGGUAGCGAGUGGGUAGAUGGUGCUCUGGGCUUCGCUAUGGCAUGGAAUUUCUUCCUGAAUAUGGCAUUCCUUGUUCCGUUCGAGAUUGUUGCCAUGAACAUUAUGAUCACCUUUUGGACGGACAAGGUACCUGUUGAGGCCAUCAUUGUCGCAAUAAUUGUACUAUAUGCACUCCUCAACAUGAUCAGCGUGCGUUAUUUUGGAGUCGCCGAGUUCUAUCUGUCUAUUUUCAAGGUUGUUUUGAUGAUUGGGCUAUUUUUCUUUACCUUCAUCACAAUGGUGGGGGGGAACCCGUUGCAUGACCGUUAUGGUUUCAGGUAUUGGAAUAAUCCCGGAGCAUUUGUCGAACAUCUUUCUGCUGGCAACACAGGGAGAUUUCUGGGAGUCUUGUCGUGUGUCUAUCAAGCUAGCUUCUCAAUUUGCGGACCGGAGUACAUCUCGAUGGUUGCGGCCGAGGCCGAGACUCCACGAAAAGUUUUGCCGCCUGCUUUUCGGUCCUUCGUCUGGCGUAUCCUUUUGUUCUUUGUUGGCUCAGCGCUUUGCAUGGGCAUUGUCAUUCCGUAUAAUGACGCCACACUUCUUGCUAUUCUUGGAGGCGACGAGUCUGGUUCAGGAACAGGUGCUGCCUCGCCCUAUGUCAUUGCGAUGGAGCGACUCAAGAUUCAUGGCCUUCCUCACCUGGUGAAUGCACUUAUCAUGACGUCCAUAUUCAGCGCCGGCAACGGCUUACUAUUCUCAGCCACCCGAACCUUGCAUGGGAUGUCACUUGAAGGCCAUGCACCUCGAUUCCUAUCACGCUGCACAAAGGCAGGCGUUCCAGCCUGGGCCCUUGCUGUAUCUCUCUCGUUUUGCCUUCUCGCAUUUCUUCAAGUCAACGACUCCUCGGCAGUAGUGAUGACGUACCUCGUCGAUCUUGUCACAUGUUGCCAACUGCUUAAUUACUGUUUUACAGCAGUGACAUACCGUCACUUCUACUCCAGUCUUCAGAAACAAGGAAUCUCACGAGAUGACCUCCCUUAUAAAGGGCGAUUUCAGCCUUACACCUCCUACUUUGCUAUGGGUGGCACAAUCUUCAUGCUCCUGGCAGGAGGUUAUGACCUGUUUUUGACAGGCGGCUGGGACGUGAUGUGGUUUUUCUUGGAUUACGGGAUGAUUGGAUUCUUCAUCAUCGCAUUGCUCGGAUGGAAGUUGUUUUCCAGGACAAACUAUGUUUGGCCGGGGACUGCAGACUUAUCUCUUGGUGGUCUGAAAGAAGAAAUUGACACUUAUGAGGCUCUUUGCUUAGCCAGUCACCGAGGAGAAAAAAAAGGCUUGUUGGAUAAGUUAUUCAGCUGA